AUGCCUUCUCCUGAACAUGGGACGAUGCCAGGUCCGCCUGCAGACAUUUCGGACAAGGAUAUUGCCGUCUCGAAGAAGGGAACUGAGCCUGCUGAGCCUGAGUUGCCGAAACUUUCAAUGGAGGAAUUCAGGGUGUACAAUCGCUUGGCUGUGAUGAUGAAUGCAUAUCACAACCACUUCCGCUACACAUGGAACAUGCUGUACAAGGCGUGUGAGUCUGGCACGCGGCCCAGCGGCAUGUCAAUUCGGAGCUUCAUUUCACAGGGUUUGCACCUGUGUCAGGUGCUGACCAUGCAUCACACCAUCGAGGAGCAAUAUGUCUUCCCAGAGUUGGCCGAGAGGAUGCCCGCAUUUGGCGAGCACGACCAUUUGAUCACACAGCACGAAGCAAUCCACGAAGGUCUUGUCAAGCUAGAGGAGUACCUUGACGCGUGUCGGUCUGGUGAGCGCGAAUUGAGGAUGCCCGAGCUCAAAGAGGUGAUGGAUACGUUUGGAGAGGUGCUAUGGUCGCAUCUGGACGAUGAGGUCCGCAUGCUUGGUGCGGAGAAUAUGAGGAAGUUUUGGUCGAAACAGGAGAUUUUGGCGAUGAAUUGGUGA